AAGCGCGGAGGAGGAGGAGGGCGGCGGCGGGGGGGUAUGUAGGGAGCGCGGGGCUGUGCCGGGGGACGCGCUCGGGGGAGGCCCCGCGGGGCGGCUCAGGUGGAUGCGGGAGGCGGUGUGAGGCGGGGGGGAGGCGGCGCGGAGGGGCCGGGGGCACUUCCCCCGCCUCGGGAGGCGGCGGCUCCGGCGGGGUCUCGGGGGGAGCGCUGCCAGGGCUUCCCGGAAGGGUGAAUUGGAGUCCUUAUUUAUUAUUUUUUGUUAAGGGGGGGGGUUGAUUCGCCUUCCCCCCCCCCGCCCCGUGGAGAUUUGGCGCCUGGAGGCGGCGGUGGCAGCGGUACCGGAGGGGCCCCUGUGCGCGGUGCCCCCCCCCCCCACCACCCCAGCUUGGCUUCGCUCCUGGAGGAGUUUUUUAUUAUUAUUUUUUUUAACUACAAAUCUGCAUAUUGAUUUUUAAACAAACAAACAACCCCCCUCCCCACCCCCCCGCACACAAGCCUGCCUCCGGGAGGGAAAUAGCCAGGUGAAAUCUCACUCUGUUUCCAUGGACAACCCGUCCAUUAUCACCCAGGUGACUAACCCCAAAGAGGAGGAGAUCCUGUCCUGCACUCAGGAUAAAGUGUCCCAAUGUAAUAUCAGCUUGAAGAAGCAGAGGAGUCGAAGCAUCUUUAGCACCUUAUUCUGCUGCUUUCGUGACUACAAUGUCGAGCCACCAUCUACCAACAGCACCAGUGCUCUUCCUCCUUUGGUGGAGGAGAAUGGAGGACUUCAGAAGGGUGACCAGAUGCAGGUCAUGCCUAUACCAAGUGGAAUAUACUAUUUCCACGGGACUGAAGCAGUGCAGCAGUCGGUUCACUACAAGCCACCAGCUAAAUACCUCCUGCCAGAACUGACAGCAUCAGACUAUGGGAAGAAGUGUGUGGUCAUUGAUUUAGAUGAGACUUUAGUGCACAGUUCAUUUAAGCCAAUUAGCAACGCUGAUUUCAUCGUUCCUGUUGAAAUCGAUGGCACCAUACAUCAGGUUUAUGUGUUGAAACGACCACAUGUGGAUGAGUUUCUUCAAAGGAUGGGAGAGCUCUUUGAAUGUGUUCUCUUCACAGCCAGUCUAGCCAAGUAUGCAGACCCAGUAGCCGACUUGCUGGAUCGCUGGGGUGUGUUCAGGGCAAGACUCUUUAGAGAAUCCUGUGUUUUCCACCGAGGAAAUUACGUGAAGGAUCUGAGUCGACUGGGACGUGAGCUGAGUAAAGUUAUUAUAGUAGAUAAUUCUCCUGCAUCUUACAUCUUCCAUCCUGAAAAUGCAGUGCCUGUGCAGUCCUGGUUUGAUGACAUGACAGACACAGAGCUGCUAGAUCUUAUUCCUUUCUUUGAAGGACUAAGCAAAGAGGAAGAAGUUUACAGUAUGCUCCAUAAACUCUGCAACAGGUAGCCCUGAACUUGGACUGACUUCUGCUGCCAGCUCGCAGUUCCUCGAGGCAUCUCCAUCCUUUUCAGCCCUUUCAAAUGUUAAGCUUUGGGGAGGUCACCCCACUCAGAAGUGCUACUCUUGAUCUUCCCAUUACGUUGGACACGAAGGACAAUCACGAGUGAUGCUAUUAAGCCUUCAGAAGCCUGACUCCUAAGGUCAUGUGUUCAGACUACUUUUUUAAAAGGAAAACAAAAAAAAAAACAACAAAAAAAAAGCUAUUUUAAACAGAACUCUUUUAAUGAAUUUCAUAAAUGGACAUCUUUUACUGGAUCAGCUUUUCUUAAAACAUGCCAAAAAAAAGAAGCUUGUAUUUCAGCAGUUGAAUUUCUCUCCCUUUCUUCCCCUCCCACUAUGCAGACAAUUCUACCCCCUGCUUAGAGCAGUUGACCUGACUCUGAAUUUUUUCUUACCGAAUGAAGUGCCUUUUUGAAUGUUAUUUUAAGAUAAAAAUUCAUUUUUGUAUAAGACGUAUUUCCAGACAUCUUUUAGUCUUGUAUUGUCUAAAUGCUUUAAAAGGAAAAAGGAAAAAAAUUUUAUAGAGCACUGUAAUAUAUAACAAAGGAAAAAGUUAAAACAAAGAUGCUGGGUUCCUGUCUCCACAAUGACAUUAAGUUGUAAUUACAUUUUGUCAUGCUCAGAAGGUUGAAGCGUUUGUGGGAGGGGUGAUUUGGGUUAAUUACACGGUUGUUUCACUGAUGUGAUUUUCUUUUUGGGCACAGUUUUGAACAUAUCUGCAGUUGGUUGAGUAUUAGGGAACGAUGGAAUUGAGAAAAUCAGGUGGCGAAUAGAUCUAAAGCACCUUUUCUUCUAGACAGAUCAAGUUCUAUUGUCUCCGCUUACGCACAACUGCCAUGCCUCUCGUUUUCAGAAAACCAUUAUCUUGGGAGAAUGAGAUCUAUUUAUUAGUUUAAGAUGCUUUUCUUAAAAAAAAGAAACCCCAUCUGGGUAAGCUGGAUCUGUAUGGAGCUGUUUGGAGUACUUCUUUCUUUUAAUUGCUGCUACUGUAUCCUCACCAAAUGGAGUUGACCAUCGGCUGUUAUACUGUUUUUGCCACUGUGCCUGUGCUAUGAAACAUUCUCUGUAAGCUGCAAACUUGGGCAAUAAAUAAAACGCAGGCUUCAUAACCCACCCCUGGGUAUUAACCCCAUGGAAUCUGGUAUAGCAGAGAACUCAGUUAAAGGUGACCUGGAAAGGAUUUGUUAAUAUUUUGGUUUUCAAUUAGGAAAAUUAGUCCUUUUUUUGCUAUAUAACAAUGCAAGAAGUAUUUUUCCCACCUCUCUGAUUCGUAUUUCUUCUUCCCCAAGGCGUGAGGUACAGAUCAGGAGCUUAAUCAAGUCUUGCUAGAAGGGCAGAAGUGACGAGCCUGGCCUAAAAUUGGUCCUGUGGCUUUGGAGUUGAAUAAGCCUCAUCUCAAUCUGAGAACCUGCUUAGCAUCUUCUAUAGUGUCACAGGUACCCUUGUGAAAUAAAAACUGUUAAAUUUUUAAGCCUUUAAAGCACAAGGCACAUUUAUUUUUCAUUCCCUUUCCAGUGUCACCUUUUAAUUAUUACCCGCACCAGAAAUCUACCAACGUAAAAAUCACAGCCAUGCGAUUAGAAGGCUAAAUGGAGUAGUUGGUGCUUCUAAUUACCCCGGUGCCAAAUUUCGAACCAAUAAAUCCACUUCGCCUUUUAUAUUUUUCUCGAAAAGUCUCGACGACUCGGAAAUAAUAAUGAAAAGAAAAACCAUUGCGAUGGACUUGGGUCGUCAACCUCGUCUAAAACUUUGGUGAAGCAGCUUAACAAAUCAAUUCAUAGAAGGGCAGGCAGUGAGUAGGUUGUCGUGGGUGCGGUAUAAACUGGUCCCCUCGUGGGCCAGCUGUGUCCCAGCUGUGCACCAGCUGUGGCGCCGAGGGGCGGUGGCAUCGCCGCUCUGUUUUCUUACCGGUUGGCAUUAACCUUAGUACUGUAUAACUCUGUGCCACAACAAAACUGUCAGAUUAAGAGGAAAAUCCUAUGUUCUUUAAAACAAAAAAAUUGAAAAAAAAUGAAAAAAAAAACAAAAAAAAGGACGUAUGGAUUCGGGUUAGUUCAUUAGCGUUUAUUUUCAGUUGAGGAUGGUUUAAUUUUGUAUUUGACUUGGAGAGUAAUGAAACUGUAAGCUGCCAAAAAGUUGUUCUCUGAGCAGUAUUUUCAACUGCGUUUGUCGCUUCGAGGCCUCCAGCGCAGUUUGCAGGGAAGAAUUCAGGUCCUAGUUAGACGUGCAGGUAUGAUGGGAAUGGCUGAAGAAAACUCAAAGACUUUCUCGCUAGCGUUAGACCAAACAAUCUUCCAAUUAGACAAUAAUUAACCCCGCCGAGACGUUGUCAUUUGCCAGUUGUGACCCGUUGUACGUGAGAGGAUCCGUGUCAUUCGUUUGCAUUUCUGAAAGCAGCGAUUUCAUGAACCAGUUGCCUUAAGUCUGUGAAUGAAUGUUGAUUAUUAAAGUGUCUUGUAUUGUUCUAAAAUCCACAUAGAAUGGACAACUGAACUUCUGCACCAGCUUCUGGAAAGAACGGUGUUCUGCACAACUUGUCCUGGAACGUUUAUUUUGACUCCUGAACUCCACAGAUUUCAACCCAAAACCCUUAUUUUAACUUAGUACAGCAUUAAAAUGACACUUGGUGACAAUACAAAGGUGAGAAACUUUACAGUUUUGAUCUUUCCCGGUGUCUUAAGAGUAUUUUUUAUCACUUCUGAUUCUUUUUUUAUUAACUCAUUCCCAUUGAUAUCAAACUUGGGACGAUCUCCAGUCAGGUUGGGCCUUCCCUGGCUCUUCAGGUUGGGCCAAAGGGAUCGAACUGUUGUUUAUUCUGAUACUUAUCAUCGUACUUGAAAUUUCAGGUGUUAGGUUUGCGUGGAUAUACAUACGCUGUAUAUAUAGAGUGUCUGGAUGUUAACAAAGCAAUAGAGCUCUGUCCGUGGUGUCAGAUAACGAGUGGAACGUUUGGAAAAUGCACAAUACGGGUAUUCGAUUGUAUUUUAAGUACGAGAUUUUUAAGAAUUAAAACAGAGGAAACAAAAACUAGUUCUAUCCUAAAUCUCUUGCAUCUUUUGAAGUGCAGCUCAUGCCUGUGGGUCCCGGGGCUGUUAUAAACCCCAGGUUCCAUCCUAUUUCUGCAUAUUACACAAGUCUUUUCCAGUUGGUCAUUGGGUUCAGCUACAGAAACGCUGCCUGGCCUGAAGUUCCGUUGUCCUUUAUAUGUCGGGUUAACAAAGGUUUUUUGCCUGUAUAGGUAUUUUUAAAUUAAACUGUAAGGCAGAAUGCCUCUGAUUCUUUGAAAUCCAACUGAAGUGUUACCGAUUAAAUUGCCAUUUGUAAACUAGGGCUGUGCGCAGAAUAUUUGUUCACCCCCAGGAAUCGCGGCAGGGGCCGGACGGAGGACGGGAGCAAAUGUAGUUGCUGUGUUAAUUUAGGAAGCUUUGCAAAGAAGAAUUUGUCUCUUUGGUUUGCCCUUUUAAUCGUUUUUAGACAGCAAAGUGAUACGUGGAAGCGACUCGACACCUGAGGAGGUUUGGGUAUCGGUGUGUGCAAUCACUUGAUCACAGCGUGAUUUUGAUUAGACUGGUUGGGGACAAUAAAAGUAUCGAAAUGACACUGGCGUGUGCUGAUGUUGCAGCUUUUGACAUUUCAGUGUAAAAAAAAAAAAGAGAAGAAAUAAUAACCUGUAGCUCUAUAAUUGACAAACACGUAAUCCUAUGUUUGACGGAUUCUUUUUAAACUAAUAAACCACAGUACCGCACAGCCCUAUUUGUACAACAGAACCCAGUUUGUGCCUCUGAUUUCCAAGGUGCUGUGAUGAUUUUGGGCGCGGGGGGCAGGCGAGACCUGGGGGGGCAAUUGCUUGAGAAUCUCUGGGCUAACUAUGCAAGAGCAGCUGUCCGUUUGCUGUUUCACAUUAUAUUGUAAAACUCCAGCUGACUUUUUCUUUCUUGUUAAAGCUCUAUUGGGAACUUAACAGAGGAGUAAGCAAUGGAAAUGUGUCUUUUCUUCUUUUUUCUAAUGGAGCUGUUUACACUUUAAUGCAAUGAACAAUCCGGCGAUACUUGAGAAACGCUGCCGAUACCAUGUGAGUGUUUUCAGGAGAGAGAAGUGUUGUCAAUCAGGUAUUGAAUGGUUUCUUUACUGUCACAAAUAAAAACCAACUUUUAACAAUAUA